GUUACAUAUCUAUGAUUCAUUCCAAUUUUUUACUUCUUUCAGUAAUUUGUUUAUUGAUUAAUUUGUUGCUGUUCUUCUUGUAAAUUAUUAUACUUAAUAGAUUUUCAAAGUUAAAUUAGACAAGUUGGUGGGGUUUGUGUUUUCGUAAAUCGUACGUAUGUUUUUUAAUCUGUAAUGGCCGACCCACGUUUAAAAACAUUAAAAAUUAAGACAGGUGUUGUGAGACGAUUAGCUAAAGAAAAAGUAGUUUACGAGGAAGAAGCUGAACAACAACGCGCUAGAAUCGAAAAGUUUAAACAAGAAGGAAAAGACGAAUACGAUAUAAGAAAACAAGAAGAGGUACUGCAAGAGUCGCUGAUGAUGGUACCGGAUUGUCAACGUAAAUUGGCCAAAGCAAUCGAAGAAUUAAAAAACAUCAUUGAGAACGAACUUGACUUGAAGGACUUAGAAGAUUAUCAAACUGCUGUUAAAAUUAUUGAAGACGCUAAGUUACAAUUACCAAAUCAAGAUUGUUGAUUACCCCUAAUUAGUUACUAUAAUGGACUAUUA